AUGGACAGCCACAAGUCUUUCCUUAUAAAGGAUCUGCUUGGGGACGUGCUGAGGCCGGGAGCCGCGGGUGCAAUAAUAGGCUCUAUGAAUUACGUCGAAGAACAACAAGAAAACGUGAGAUGCGCAUCGCAACACAGCCAAAUCCUAGAAAGUUCUGACAUCGAUGACGACAUAUCCGUGGGAGACAAUCGCAGCGAGACAUCGACGCCGAAAAAACGUUACGACCUUGAGAAGAAUUCGGAUGAUUCAAAAAAAAACGAACCGAGAGACGCUCCUUCCCUCACAGAGUACGAACAAAACAGAAUAUCAAAUUACGAAUCAUUCAAAGAUGACGAACGAGACUUCGAGAACAGAAGCGAUGAACGAAUGAAGAUUUACGAGGGCGGUCUGUUCCAUUUGUACAGACCCGACCGAGACUCCAAGGAGGAGGAAAAUGAGAGGUCUUUCGUUAUGUCCGGGUCCCUUACGGACAGUAUCUACGGUCGAUCUAUGGACCUGUCAAAGACAACGUUCCAGUCGCAGCUGUUGGCCGGUUUUGCUGCUUCGGUCAUGGCGGGGACUUCGCAGAGAGAUUCACAGGAUGCCACAGAUCAGCAACUACCGAAUCGUGCUUCGACGACUGUCAGUAACAGUCGCAAGCCGCGCCGACGCCGCACUGCCUUCACCCACGCGCAGCUCGCGUACUUGGAGCGGAAGUUCCGCUGUCAGAAGUACCUGAGCGUUGCUGAUAGAGGCGACGUGGCCGAGGCCUUGAGUCUCAGCGAAACUCAAGUCAAGACCUGGUACCAAAAUCGGAGGACGAAAUGGAAGCGUCAGAACCAGCUACGCCUGGAGCAGCUCCGAGCCCAGGCCGCGACCGGGGAGCGAGAGCUGUCCCACGCCCUGCCCCUCGCCUGCGCGCUGCUGCCCCCCUACCCUGCUUACAUGCACUGCCAUCUUUGA